ACUGUGCUACACUAAGUAACCUUGUGGGUUGGGGCCACUGCGAAAAAUCGUCAAUGAAGACCUUUCUCCAUGCCCCCCCCCCCCCGCCAAACUUCUCACCACCAACACUUCCCGACCGAAAUCUUGUUGUUCUGUCCUGUUACUGCCCCUCGAAGAUCCCUCCCAUUUAUUCUAGGUUCACGAAACAACAUCUUGCCCUUCUUGUCUACUGAUAUAUUUCUCAUUCGACACUCAACAACCCUCGACUCCGUGCGCGCUAUCUGCGUUAUCCCACUGCUUCCGAUAGUAACCUUGAUGGGUUUGAGCCUCGACCUUUGAUUCCGACCUCGACACACGUCCCAGCUACCUUGCGAGCUGCGAAUGGGAGCAACUCCGUUCGAAGCGCUGCUUGGGCAGCUCGAGAUAAUGAACGACAACCGCGCCUACAACCCGUCGUCGGGAGGAAAUAUGGACAUGAUGUUCUCGCAGGAUGGCUCGAUUGACGCGGCAGACGUCUGGGCGAACGCGUUGCCAUGGGAUAGCUCGUCGAAUGCAUAUACCCAAGCCACGAAUACCGAAGCGCCGUCUCCCCAUCCCACGACCGAAGAUUCCUUCCACCAGUCGCACCACGACCACUACUUCAGCGGCGGACACAGCAACAGGUCUACAAUCAUCUACGAGGAGAGAUGCGACAGCCCGGAGUGCCACGUCCAGCAGUGCCACGAACCCGACUGUACUGGUUGUACUGGUGACGAUCUCGUCGAGUGCACCAACCCUUACUGCCUGCCCAUUGACACCUGCCACGGUUCAAACGUCUGUCACAGCGGGACCACAAAAUGCGCAGGGAGCUUUGGGAUGGAUAUCGUGUCCGCGGCAGCGAGUCUAGCAGCCAUGAAGCCCCCGGCAAUGUCGGGCGGGCAAUUUUACAACGGCUCGCAAAACUACGAAUUUUGCGCUACGAUCGCGAACGGGUACACGAAUGCCACUCACCCACCCCACUUCGGCGCGUGCAUGUUCACCAACGCCUACAUGCCUUCCUACAACAAUGGCGGCAUGAUGGGAGCGGCGCAGGACAGUGGUAUGUGCCAAUACAUCAACAACAACAGCAAUUUCUGCCAAAGUCACGAGACCUACCAUAACAUGGGUCCUCCCUCCUUCCAAAACUCAACCCUCCAAUACGCCAUGUCCCUCCGCGACCUCUCCUCCCGCUCCUCCUCCUCCCAAGACCCCUUCGCCUUCUCCACCGAACCAACUCCCUCCGCCGCAUCGACCUACUCCUCGCCUCACCCCCCCUCCGACGCCGCCCUCUUAACCCCCGCCUCGCAACCCGACCCCAACUUCCCCGUCCCCGUCUGCCAAUGGCACGACACCCCCACCUCCACGCCCUGCGGAAAAACCUUCGCCACAAAAGCAGCACUGCAAUCGCACAUCCAAUCCGUGCACACCGCGCCGCUCUCCAAAUCCCUCGGCUUCGUCUGCCGCUGGUCAGGAUGCAGUCGUCUCUCCCUCCCCGCCGACCGUGCGGGCUUCGCGCAGCGCUCGAAGUUGGAUAGACAUAUGCAGUCCCACACUGGGCACAAGGCGUGUAAGUGCCCCGAAUGCCACCACGAGUUCAGCACCUCCCAGACCCUCGAGAGCCACAUGCGCACGCACACGGGGGACAAGCCGUUUAAAUGCAAAGAACCGGGCUGCGACUACGAGGCCGCGCAGGCGAGUCAAUUGACGAUGCAUACGCGCACCAAGCAUACGCGCGAGAAGCCGCUGUUGUGCGAUUUCCCCGGCUGUGGACGUCGCUUCGCGGAGAGCAGUAAUCUGAGUAAGCAUAAGAAGAUCCAUGAGCCGGAGGAGGAGUGUCGGUGUGGGGUGUGUGGGAAGAGUUUUAGGCGGCGCGAUCAGUUGAGACGGCAUUUGAAGAUUCAUGUUAGGAAGGAUGGGUUGAGUGAGGUGGGGGCGAGGAAGGCGUUGGGGGGGAAGAGAGGGGAGGGGACGAGCGAGACGGGGAGUCAGCUUUUGAGUCCAAGUCCGAGUGUGCCGCCGGGAGGGGCGGAGGAGGGACGGGUAGGGAUGGAUAUUGAGAUUGAUGGGGGGUCGAUGAUGGCUUCACGGCAAUCAAUGACAGCCCAAUCAAACUGGGCCAUGAGUUGAUCUCCUCACUUUUGAUCUCACACACCACCACCACCGUCACAUCACAUCACAUCACAUCAAACCAACACCUUCACCAUACGAUUCAGCGAGCACUUGCAAGCAUUAAUCAGCCUCAAAAUGUUAGCGAAAGCGCCCUGCACUAAUUGCCAGCCCGUCUAUCUAUUCUGGAUGUUUCUCCUUACCUGUGCGAUUUUUUUUCUUGUUAGUUGGACAAAAAAGUAAUAAUGACUUUGGUCAAGAUUUUUUUUUCUUCUUCGCAUGUUCUUAUUGUCUUAGACGGCGCCUUAAAUGGGAUGGAUGGGAGGAUUUUUUUUAAAAAAAAAGGGAUGGGAUGGGAUAGGAAAAUGGAAAAUGGACGGCCUUGGGGGAGAGAAAAAUGAAGUGAGGGAUGGCGGAAUGGAAAAGGAGAAGGGAAAGGAUGGGGAAAUGGAGGGGGGGGGGUAAUGAUAACGCCUAUCAAUGAAAAAGUGGGAGGGCGAUGUUGUCUUGAGAAAAGUGCGUUCAAGGACGAGGGGUUGAGCGGAUACCACACGUUUUAUCUUGGCUUUGUCCAAUGAUUUAGUAGACAACGGACAAAGGGAAUGAAAAGAAAAG